UUUAUGCGGGCCUGCAAUAUGUCAGCCGCCAUGAAGCAACGGGGCUCGAAAAAGAAAGACUUGAAAACUGACAAAUCUUUACCAUCAGACAACAAAAGUGAAGGGUCACACUAUGAAUUUCCAUGGACACCUAAAGGUUUCACGGGCUUUAAAAUCCUCCUGUCUGCCCGACUGUGUGCAGCAGUGUGGAACUUAGUAGGGGACUGUGACGAGACGUACAACUACUGGGAACCGAUGCACUUUAUGAUGUUUGGUAAAGGAUUCCAAACCUGGGAAUAUUCACCAAAGUAUGCCAUCCGCUCCUAUGCUUACCUUUGGAUCCACACCCUUCCAAUCUCCUUGUACAAAACAUUAUUUAGCACGAAUAAGAUAAUGCUGUUUUACAUUUUACGCUGUGUGUUUGCUUUUGUGUGUGCUGGCUGUGAGAUUUAUUUUUACAAGGGUGUUUGUAAACAGUUUGGAGCUAACACAGGAAGGAUAACUCUUGCAGUCCUGUUAAUUAGUGCUGGGAUGUUUAUUUCGUCUACUGCAUUUCUCCCUAGCAGUUUCUGUAUGUACAUGACCAUGCUGUCUAUGGGAGCCUGGUUCCUGGGACAUCUACAUGUAGCCAUUUUGUCCACUGCUGCUAGUACUAUUCUAGGAUGGCCCUUUGCUGGAAUCUUGGGGGCCCCCAUAGCUGCUGAAAUACUAAUAAGGAGAAAAGCAUUAGGAUACUUCAUCAAAUGGUGCCUUGUGGCUUUAGUUCUGUUUCUGGUGCCCAGCAUGCAUAUUGACUUCCAUUACUAUGGAAAGUUGGUCAUCGCUCCUCUUAAUAUAGUCUUGUAUAAUGUGUUUACAGACCAUGGACCUGAUCUGUAUGGUGUUGAGCCAUUUUCCUUUUACUUCCUCAAUGGGUUCCUGAAUUUCAACGUGAUGUUUGUGUUAGCGUUGGUCAGCUUACCCCUUGUUUACUUUGUGAAGUUUUUGCUAAAGCUAGAGGAAAAAGAAAAACCAGUGUGGCUUUUAUUAUUACCAAUGUACCUGUGGAUGUUAAUUUUCUUCACUAGACCACAUAAGGAGGAGAGGUUUUUGUUUCCUAUCUACCCACUUCUGGCAUUACAUGGAGCUGUUGGCAUUGAUUAUUUGCAGAAAUUGUGCUGUUAUUUACUACCCCGACAGAAGGGUCAUCACUACACAGAUAAAACUAACUGGAUCCCCGUCUGUCUGUGUGUCCUGUUUAGUGGUCUGUCUUUCUCACGAGUCAUUGCACUAUAUCAGGGAUACCAUGCACCAUUAGAUAUUUAUGUGGAGCUGAAUAGAAUUUCCGCUGAUCCAAAAAUCCACACCCUACCUCCAGAGAAGUCUGUCAAUGUAUGUGUAGGAAAAGAAUGGUACCGCUUCCCAAGCAACUUCUUUCUUCCUGGAAACAACUGGAAUCUUCUGUUCCUGAGAUCGGAGUUCAAGGGUCAACUUCCAAAGCCAUACAGUGCUGGAGAAGAUGCUACGAGAAUCCUCCCAUCAGACAUGAAUGACCUCAACAAAGAAGAAAUGUCAAGAUAUUCAAAUGUCACAAGAUGUCACUACCUCAUAGACCUUGACACACAGACAGACACAAAAUAUGAACCCAACUAUUCAGCUAAUGCAGAAGAUUGGACCAUUCUUCACUCAGUACCAUUUUUAGAUGCAAGCAGAUCUCAUCGACUUUUGCGGGCGUUCUAUAUUCCUUUUAUCUCUGGUAGAUAUUGUACAUAUAUUAAUUAUAAUUUAUUGAAAACUACAAGGACUAGAAAAAAUACUGCUCAUAGAAAUUUAUAAAUAUGCAUGUGUUCUAAUAGCAAUUGUCAGUAUUAAAUUUAUUCAAUAGUUAA